CCGUUUAAAAUUGUCUGAAAUAAAAUCGAAUUCCAUUGUUUUCUCAAUUUUUAUUCACGAUCUUUCAACAUUUCGAUAAUUUCCAUUUGUAGAAAAAUGUCUUUUGUUUUCAAUGAUGAUUCUCUGCAAUUUCGUCUUUUACCCAACGAUAUUACAAAAAUUGAUGUGGAACGAGAUAAAGAAUUUAUACAAAAUAUCAAUGAUGAAAAAAUGAGAGUUGAAUUUCUUAUUAAUGAUCUUCAUAAUGGUAUUCGAACUAAUGUAGAUGAAAAAGGAUCUCGUUCUUUGUUCUGUGUGAUUUGUGACAUGAAAUUAUCUAACUGGAAAAUGGUCAAUGCUCAUAUUUCCAAUGACCAUAAAGAUAUUGGCCAAUUAUUGCGACGUACACGAAUCAAACCAAUAGUUGGCAUGGAUCAGAUUGAAGAAUAUAAAGACAAUGAGGAUAAAGCUGUCGAAUAUAAAUGUAAUCUAUGCGAUCUGAUCUAUUCACCCAAAUACAUUUUUUGGCAUAUAAUUUCCUAUGAUCAUAAGGAAAAAUUCUUUAAAACAUUAUACUCAAUCGAUUUUAUUAAUCAAAUCAAAGAUGGCCGACUGAAACACGAAAAAAUUGAUAAAGCAUUAUUAAAUUAUGAGAAAGAUCAUCCAGAUCGUGGAAAUUUUCAGCGUAAAGAAUUUAAUCCAGGAAUGGUUACUAGUCAUUUUGGUCUUAAGAAUAAGAUGAACAUGUCUUACGUAAGGAAGCUAUAUCCCCAACAAACUCAAAGAGUCAGCUAUCUCGAAUCUCGUUUGAAAUAUAAACCCCUUCUAAACAUUCAAGUUCAAUCGGACCGACAAUUUGAACAAGCAAAAAAUUUGUUACAAAAAAUUAAUCAAUCUUUAAUGGAAUAUCAGAAAUAGAAAAUUUUUGUUAUUAAUAAAUUUUUAAUCUUGUGCGA